UAAUUUUGUUGUUCAGGGAAUGGAUGUGAUUGCCCAGGCGCAAUCUGGAACCGGUAAAACCGCAACCUUCAGUAUCUCUAUACUGCAGCAGAUUGAUACUGGACUUAGGGAAUGUCAGGCUCUGAUCCUGGCCCCCACCAGGGAGUUAGCCCAGCAGAUCCAGAAGGUCGUCAUGGCCCUUGGAGACUACAUGGGGGCCCAGUGCCACGCCUGUAUCGGAGGAACCAGUGUGCGGGAGGAUAUGAGGAAGCUUGAGCAGGGCCAGCAUAUCGUGGUCGGAACCCCCGGCAGGGUCUUUGACAUGAUCUCCAGAAACGUCCUCAGGCCCCGUGAUAUCAAGCAGUUUGUUCUGGAUGAAGCUGACGAGAUGUUGUCCAGAGGAUUCAAGGAUCAGAUCUACGAUGUUUUCAGACAUCUUAACUCCGAGAUACAGGUUAUCCUGCUGUCUGCCACCAUGCCAUCUGAGGUGCUGGAGGUUACCACCAGGUUCAUGAGGAACCCCAUCAGGAUCCUCGUCAAGAAGGAGGAACUCACCCUCGAGGGUAUCCGUCAGUUCUAUAUUGCUGUAGAGAGAGAAGAGUGGAAGUUGGAUACUCUCUGUGAUCUGUACGAGACCCUCACCAUCACCCAGGCUGUUAUCUUCUGUAACACAAGAAGGAAGGUAGACUGGUUGACCACUAAGAUGACUGAAAGGGAUUUCACCGUCUCCGCUAUGCACGGAGACAUGGACCAAAAGGAGCGUGACGUGAUCAUGCGUGAGUUCCGUUCUGGAUCUAGUCGUGUUCUGAUCACUACUGAUCUGUUGGCCCGUGGUAUUGAUGUCCAGCAGGUCUCCCUGGUUAUCAACUACGAUCUCCCAACCAACAGGGAGAACUACAUCCAUAGGAUUGGUCGAGGAGGAAGGUUCGGUAGGAAGGGAGUUGCGAUUAACUUCGUAACAGAAGAUGACAAGCGUAGUCUUCAAGAUAUUGAAAAGUUCUACAAUACACAGAUCGACGAGAUGCCAAUGAAUGUAGCCGAUCUUAUUUAGUGCAAUCCACGGAAAACGAACUUGCUCUUUGGAAACCAAACCUACCGCAUCAACCGAUUACGAAAGUGAUAAAACUACGACAGCGAUAAAAGCUCCACAAACCUUCCAAUUCUGCAGUUCACAGCUCUCCGGUCGAAGACAAGCUAAGUGUUGCUUGCUCUUUGCCCUUUUUAACCAGUUACAGUGUUAAAAAAUGUAAAUUCAAAACUAGGUUCAGGGUUCAAAUCCCGGCCUUGAGUGCCUACGGGCCCACCGUGCCGCCAGUUCUCUCCCUAUGUCCGAUACGAGACGUGUUGGGGGUUCGAACCCCUGGUUCACGGGGACCAGGAGAUACUGUGCGCUGGACACAAAACUAUAUACGAGUGCAGCCGUGAACCCUCCUUCUAGGCAGGUUCUUGGACUAUUUAGAGGAUUCAAAUUAAGAAAACGCGUGAGAAGAAAAUUGUGAUGAUCGAGUGUUUUUUUAGUUUUUAAUUGAAUUUUUAACGUUUUUUACAUCCUCAAUAUGUGUGUUUAUUCCCUGCUGAAUAAAUCUGCCUCGUCUCAAACAGAUUUGCUUGAAAUUUUUAAUAUUUUUUCUGCGCUGUAUCAUUGUAUUUAAUAAUUUCUGUAAAUUCACUUGUUUAGUGUAAUAAUAAUGUUUAAUAUAA